CAGGUGAAAACAACACUUGAAAGUUAAAGGUGUUGCCCGCAGAACUUGUGUUGGAAGGAAUUAAACCAGCUAUCGCCGAUUACUGAAGAAAAUGGCAGAAGCCGUGGCAGGUAACAAGGACAUAUUCGAGUGUCCUAUUUGCUUGGAUCUUCUGAAGGAUCCUGUGACUCUUACCUGUGGACACAGUUACUGUUUGCGCUGUAUUGAAGACUGCUGGGAUAAGGGAGAUGGCAGGGGCGUUUACAGCUGCCCCAAAUGCAGACAGACUUUCACACCAAGACCCGACUUAAAGAAGAAUAUUAUUAUUGCUGAGCUUGUGGAUCAAAUGAGGAAGAGCAGAAUACAAACUGCAGCUGCUGUUGAAUGUGCUGCUGGACCUGGAGAUGUGGCAUGUGACGUCUGUAGGCCUACCGAGAGAAAACUCAAAGCUGUCAAGUCCUGUCUGGAGUGUUUGGUAUCGUACUGUGACACUCAUUUGAAAGUUCAUGAUGAACUUAAUCCUGGUAGAAAUCACACCAUGGUCGAUGCCACGGGCCAGCUACAGGAGAGGAUCUGCCCCCGUCAUAAGAAGGCUUUUGAAAUAUUCUGUCGCACCGACCAGAGUUGUAUCUGCUAUCUGUGUACGAUGGACGAUCAUAAAGGCCACGACACGGUCACAGCUACAGCAGAGUGGAGUCAGAAAAAGGAGGGGUUGGGGAAGAACCAGACGAGAUGCCAGCAGAUAAUCCAGUUGAAGGAGAAGGAGCUGCAGGAGCUGAGGAAGGCUGUGGAGACUCUCAAGUCUGGUACACAGACAGCAGUGAAGGAGAGUGAGAGGAUGUUUACUGAGAUGAUCCGCUCCAUUGAGAGAAGGCGCUCUGAGGUGACAGAGCUGAUCAGAGCUCAGGAGAAGGCUGAGGUGAGUCGAGCUGAAGGACUCCUGAAACGACUGAAGCAGGAGAUUGCUGAGCUGAAGAAGACAGAUGCUGAGAUGAAGCAACUUUCACUGACACAGGAUCCCGUCCAUUUCCUUAAGCACAACUUCAACCAGCCCACCACACAUGUCCAGAUCAUCCAGAGCAUACAGUUGUCUGAUGGCCAGGCUCUUAUUGCUGAACCAGUGACCAGAGAGGACUUCUUACAGUAUUCCUGUCACUUCACUCUGGAUCCAAACACAGCACACACACACCUCCAUCUGUCUGAGGGGAACAGGAGGGUGGAGUGGAGAGAUGAGGACCAGUCAUAUCCUGAUCAUCCAGACAGAUUUGAUUAUUAUGAGCAGGUGCUGUGUAGAGAGGGUGUGUCUGCACGCUGCUACUGGGAGGUUGAGAGGAGUGGAGAGGUUCUGAUAGCAGUGUCAUAUAAAAGCAUCAGCAGGAAAGGAAAUGGUUGUGAGUGUCUGUUUGGAUAUAAUGAUCAGUCCUGGAGGCUGGACCUCCGCAGCUCCAGCUCCUCUUUCUACCACAAUAGUAAAGAGACUGAACUCCCUCUAGUGGCCAGCUCCAGAAUAGGAGUGUAUGUGGAUCACAGGGCAGGAACUCUGGCCUUCUACAGCAUCUCUGGAGACACAAUGACCCUCCUGCACAGAGUCCACACCACAUUCACACACACUCUCUACCCUAGGUUUUAUUUACAUCCUCGAUCAUCAGUGAGGCUGUUGUGAGGCUCCUACAGGCAAAUACUGCUAC